AUGGGUCACAACAGCGAUAAACUGUACAUCACUCAUUCAGAGCAUGCUGCAGGUCAUCACGCAGCGUCCAGUACUGGAAAGCGCCAAGAGAGCGGUCGGAGUGAGAUUCAGCGAUUACCAUUCGAUUCCUGCGCUCUUUCUCUACAACCUUUCAAGAACCCUGUAGCUGUUAUUGCCGAUAAUGAAGAUGGGCAGCCACCUAGAGCGGAUGUGUUCGACUUGUUGAAUAUCGUCCCUUACAUUCGAAAGUACAAGACGAAUCCUGUCACAGGCAAGCCGCUAGACACGAGUCAACUGAUCAAGCUCAACUUCGCCAAGAAUGCCGAAGGGAAUAUGCACGAUCCCAUCACCUACAAAGUAUUCUCACCUCACGUUCACAUCGUCUUUCUCAAGAACACCGGUAACGUUUUCGACAUGGCCUCAUUACAGCUCCUGGCGAUCAAACCCAAAACAUGGCGAGAUUUGGUAAAUGACGAGCCAUUCGAGCGGAAGGACAUCAUCACCAUUCAAGUGAGCUCCUUUGCCUUAUCCUCUUCCCCGCACCUCUAUCCAGUAUACUACCCGUGCUUCUCAGGACCCUCAGAAUCUCGCCAAUCGAAUCUCGCCAAUCGAGAUCUGAGGGAGUACGAUCAUGUCAAAUCAGACAAGAAAGUCGCAGAGGAGGAACUCGCCUCGGACCCAUUGAAAGGCAUCAACGUCGAAGCUGCCGGAGGGGCCGGCAAAGUGUUGAAAAUGAUAGCUGAGAAGACACGAGCAGAGCAAGCUUCGAUGGCCCCUCCGCCUGCUCCCGCGGAAUCGAGUACUGCAAUCAAGGAGAAGAAGGAAGGGAUCAUUGCAAAGCGAAAGAUUGAACAGCUAGCGUACAACACAUCAAACUUUACCACCGGUAGAGCCUCGGCGUCCUUGACAAGUACGACAAUGACACCUGAGACUACCAAUGCCAGAGCCUUGUUCGAUGAGGAAGAAUUCAUGUUUGAAGAAAUGAGACGUCCUGUCAAAGAGAAAGAACGUCUCAAAUCGAAAGCUUAUGCAACGAUCAUGACUAAUUUUGGGGGGUUGAACGUCGAGUUACAUGGAGACAGAGCGCCAAAAACGGUGUAUAAUUUUGUGCAGUUAGCAAAACAAGGGUAUUAUGAUGGAGUUGCCUUUCAUCGACUGAUGCCGGGGUUUAUGGUCCAAGGUGGUGAUCCGACCGGUACUGGCCGAGGUGGAAAGUCAUUCUGGGGUGAACCAUUCAGGGAUGAAUAUAGUGAGAAGGGAGCGUAUAAACAUGAUUCCCGGGGUGUGCUAUCAAUGGCCAACAGCGGUCCACGAUCAAAUACAUCACAAUUCUUCAUCACAUUUCGUCCUACCGAACAUCUCAAUGGGAAACAUACAGUAUUUGGGAAAUUGGUCGGUGGGGAGGAUGUGUUGGAUAAGAUUGAACGUGUACCUGUUAGACCUGGUGGUGAUCGACCUGCGAAGGAGAUCAAGAUAUUGGGGAUCAAUGUCCUUCAAGACCCAUUCGAAGCCUACCAAAAACGUCUAGCUCAACGUUUAGCUCGACAAGACGAAUCCGAUGAGACUCUCCGACGACGGGCUGCCGCUCAAGCUGAAAGGGAAAAAGAUAGGACAACAUGGUUAGGUACAGACUUGGGUAUCAAAGGUGUUCCUCGAUCAACGACGAAAGAUAAUGUCGAGGUAGGGGUAGGGAAAUAUUUAUCGACGCAUGUUUCUUCUGUAGGGUCAACUCUCAAUUCUACGGCUCCCCCCUUGAGUCAGAAAGUCGAUAAAGAUAGAACAGAGAGAAAGGUUAAAGACGAGCAGGAUGGAGUAGGAAAAAAGGACAAGCCAGGGAUGAUGAUGGUACAAAGUCAGGGUAAGGUGGUAGGAGGGGAAAUGGAAUAUGGUGAAAAGAAGAAAAGGAAACUAGCAGGUGGUUUUGGUGAUUUUUCAGCAUGGUAA